AUGUCCUCGGCUGGCGCGCACAGAAGGGCGACGGUGCUCGUGGGGGACGUGCACGGGCAUCGAGCGAAACUCGUCUCGCUCUUCGAGAACCUCGAACGCGAGAUCGGGGCGGAGAGGUUGAGCACCAGCCGCGUGGUGUUCCUCGGGGACCUCGUCGAUCGCGGACCGGAAACGAGCGGCGUUCUAGACUUCAUCGCGUCGCUUCCCGCCGUGCACCCGAGCAUGGAGGUGAGGAUACUCGGAGGCAACCACGACCUCGGGAUGGCAACCUUCUGUUCCCUGUGGCGCGUCGACGGCGGGAUGCCUCCGCCGGAAGGGUAUGUCGCGCGCAGAAAAGAACCGCCGCUGUGGGUGGACGCGACCGACAAGAACGAACACGCGCGCAUGCAUUUACAAGGAAGGAGAUGGGGCGCGUUCGAGGCGGGGACGCGGAACGCUUUCGACAGCGAAGCGACGUUCGCUUCGUUCGGCGUCGACCCUGGCGACCCGCGUCGGCGCGAGGCGCUGCUGUCGUCGCUCCCGGAAUCUCACGCCGUGCUGCUGUCGUCCCUCGAGUUCGUCGUCGAGCUGGACGACGUCGAGGAUGACAUGCACCCGGAGGUGAAUAAACUCAUAGCCGUUCACGCGGGGUUGGAACUCGAACGUCCGAUCCCGGAACAACUCGAGGCAUUGCGCGAACGCGUGAUUCAGCAACGCUGGAUCGAAGCGCUUCAAGGUCGGACGAACGUUGGACGGCCCGCGAACGUCGGCGUAAACGUGCUCGUCGCGAGCGGACAUCACGGCAUCUUGAAGACGGACGGUAAAUGGCUCGUCGUGGACGAGUGCGCAGGGCUCGACGAACGACAGCUCGCCGCCGUCGUUUUACCGGAGCGCGCUGUCGUCAAGUCUCAUUGA